AUCAUAUGAAGCAUGAACUUGAGAAAAUGAUUGAAGACUGGAAGCAGCGCUCUUUGGAGCGACGAGCCAUAGGAGAGCGGAAUUUAGGAUGGUUUGCUCAAUGAUCGGGGCUUGGAAGGACAAGAUGGGAUGAUAGUUGCGCCGCCAGCAAUAGCCUUACCAGGGCUCCAUUGGCAGUUUCCGGUAUGGAUAUCGAUAGGGAACAUAUCAGAACUCCACUAGCAAUUCGGUCUCAUCGGCUCAUUCACGGAAACGAUUGCUGGGGCACGUGUUUGUCAAUAUUGGACGCUUGUAAGUCCGACGUCGAGCGCAAGAGCCUAUAAAAUCUCAAAGAUCUCGAAUUCACAUUUACUUCUCAAAACCUAUAUCUAUUUUGCAAUACCUCGACCUCUCGCACAAACUCGUCAACAGUCGGAACAGUUGCUUGUCAAUAUGCCUCCAGUCACUAAGAAAAUGAUCGAGGAAAUGAUUGCUAGAUCUCAAGCUAGUGAUCGAGCCUGGCGAGCUAGGAAUCCUGAUUGCACCCGGCGAGGAGGUGGAAAACGAGAACGGGUUGGUAAGCGCAAAGAUAAUCGGAGACGACAGCACGCUGUACGUCAAGAUAGUCUGAGAACGUUGAUAGAGGACGGAUUUCGAGGCUCAAGCUCUGAUGUACGAGCCAGAGAGGAAGACGCUCCUGCCCCGAUUGUCAGAACCAAACGUACGCUCUUUCCGCCAGGAGGUCAAAAUCGAUCUUUGCCACUGGUCGACGAUGAUAAUAUGAACGAUGGGAUCGAUACAAAAUCGGGACAGAAAGAGGAUGUCACGAUGGGUGAAUCGCAGACAGGACCAGACACGAUGAAUGGUCAAAAGCUACGCCCUCCUGUUGAAGAAUCACAGCAACACAUUGACCCCGCCAUCGAGGAGAUCACCCAUCGAAUGGACUGCCUUACAUCGCCAAUAACCCAUUACAACAAAGCAACUGAUCAAGCAAUGAGCUUGGAUUUUUCAGAAAUCAUCAGAGGAGAUAGUGGAAGCUUCACGUCUUCGGGGGAGAUCAGUGAGGAGGAGAAUCUGUGAGUGGUACUCUUAGGGUAGG